GAGCGUCGCGCAUCGUCUUUUUUGCCUCUUUCUCCGAGAAGAGCGCCUUUCCCGGAGAGAAGAAAGAGCCCUUUCUCGCUUCCAGAGCGACACUGGUCCUGGCAACGCGCGACGCGAGGAAAUCCUGCGCUGGCGGGAGGCUACGAAGUCGACGCCGGAGAGACAGCCUUUGCAAGACGCGGUUGGGAGGGAGAGCUGACGAGAGACUCGCUGGGCGUUCCGAGACUGGGAGGCGCUCUAAAUUUCAGAAAGAGGUCUUUCACGGAGUUGCAAGGACCGUCCAGACGCUGGAAAACGAGGACCAUGCGAAGAGUGGAAAACUCCACUGGUCGCUUUCUGUCGAGUCGCGUCGGAGCCGCUAGAUAGAGUCGCCUCCUCGUUUUUGUGUCUUCUCCCUCCCUCUGUCCAGCCUCUCUGCGUCCUUCCCAGGCCUCCACCUUUCCUCUUCACUCCUCCGUCCCUGUCGUCCUUUCUAUGUCUCCUCUCCUUCCUUUCUCUUUCUUUCUUUCUCUCACUCUCUUGUCUCUUUCGCGCUCCGACUUGUCUGUCUGAACCUCCCAUCUCUGAGUUGCAAUGGCGGCCGCAGAUCCUUUUGCCGCGCCCGCGUCGGUGCCUUCUGUGGAGUUCUUUCUUCCUUCUCUCUUCGGCAGCGCUCUGCCAAGGUCUCUCCCUGGAGGCUCCUCUUCGUCCGCUUCGUCCUCUUCGUCCGCUUCGUCCUCUUCGUCCGCUUCGUCCUCUGUCUCCUCACCUUCCCGGUCUGCCUGCACUGCGCCUGGCUUCUCUGGAAAGCUGAAGAGUCUCUCACUCUUGUUUUCAGUCUCGCUCAGGCCGUCGCCUUCCUCGCGAUGCUCGCCUCUUCGGUCAAACCCCCUCACCCUCCCCGAAGAUGCAACAAAUACGCUGGCGCUGUCGCCUUCAGGCGACCUUCUCUUUGUCGUUGGAACGGACGGCCAGCUGAUUGUUCUCCCUCUCACUCCUCGAGGAACACCGACGGCCAAACUGUAUCGAAGAGCUCCUCCCUUCACCCGCACAAAGCGGCUGUCUUUCGCGCCUCCGUCUCCCAGUGCCCUUCCUUCCACCUCUCCUUCCACCUCUCUGUCUGCAUCUCCGUUUUCUUCUUCGUUUUCUUCUUCGUUUUCUUCUUCAUUGAUUGCAGGCCAAGUGGUGGGGACGCCAGGACCCCAGGAGUCUCUGUGGGGAGUCCCCGCGAGUGCAGACGAACUGCGGCGGCGACAGCAGUCUGGAGAGGUUUGGAGUUCUUCGAACGCAUGGCGAAGCGACCGACGCGGGCAGGCGUUGGUGGAGAGCGACUGGGAGUCUCUGUCGUCGAGCUCUGAGGAGACGCUGUCUGAGGUCGAGGACGAAGGAGCCUGCGGCGACUCGCGAAACGACGGAGACGCGCGCGUCUGGUCCUUCCUCGCAGCUCUAAACGGCGAGGCUCGAGCUCCGCAGAACCACAGAGUCCUCGGUAGAGAACAGGCCUUCCUCCCAGAACGCUUCACGCUUCUUCUCCCCGGCGAAGACCACAGACGGCCGGGCGCGUUUUCGCUGCAUGCGCGCGACGCAGACCUCGAAGCUGAAGAAGGAUGGUCGACCGCGAGGCUCUCGAGCGACAGGCGCGUGAAAGCCACUCACAUUGCCUGUGAGAUUCUUGCAGGCGAAGAAGUUCUUCUGUGCACAACGCGAGCCGGAGAUGUGAUGGUGUUCUCUCUCGCUGGCCUCCGAGAGCGCCUCGAUCGAGAGAGAGAGCGCAGGAGAGAACAGAGGCGAGAAGAGAGAGAAACGAGACGCAACCUCGCCAGGGCAAAGAAGGAACGAGAAGAGGAAGAGAGACGGCAAGGAGAGGCGAGGGAGAGAGAAGACGCGGCUGAGGGGGAGUUGAGGUUUCGAACUCGAUCAGGAGAAGAAGAGACGAGAGGGCGAGGCCUUUCCUUGUCCUCAGUGACGUUGUGGGAAGCGGACGACAGAGACUCGCUGUUCAGCGCGUUGCGAGCGGAGACUCGCGAGAAAGCAGAAGAAAACAGACUCACGCCUGCACCGGAUGUUUGGAUUCGGAACGCCCUCGGACCCCCAACUUCGCACUCAUGCAGCCAGACGGACUUAUCGACCUGGAGCUUUGCAUGCAAUCCUUUUGCACCGGCUGCUACCCCGCUGCCUUCCCCGUCACGCCCCUCUUCUGCUGCGCCCCUGCUUCCGUUCUUCUCUUCUCUUGUCUUCGGCAGCAACACACAUCACCUCUCCUUCAUCGACCUCCGGCAUCUCCCCAUCGGUCGCGGAGACUCUGCCCUCUCUUCUUCUUCUCCUCUCCUCCACAAGCGCGUCUCGCGUCCUCAUGCAAAGAAUAUCAUUCUCGCCGCCGCUCGUCUUAUUGCUGCACACUCCCAAAGAUCUUCUUUCUCCUCUUCUCCCUCUUCUCCCUCUUCUUCUGCGUCCUCCUCUCCGUUUUCUCGCUCUUUCUCUCGCUCCGCGUCACCGUCUCUUUCUUCAGCUUCGUCCUCUUCUUCGUCGCAUUCUGAUUCGUGCGAGGCUUCUUCGCAGUUUCUCACGGCGUCCGCGCAACGACGGACAGACCGAGGACGAGACGUCAAGAAGCGUCGAGGAAUCGAGGAGAGAGAGUCCGACAGCGAUACAACCAAGAGGAACAGAGAGGGGAAGCGAGAGAGGAGAGAAAAGCACCGUUCAAGCGAUGGCGACGCGAGCGGGAGAAGCUCGAGCCAAUCGGUGGGAGACGAAAAGGAGAUUUCACUGUCCCGACACCGGGCAGAAGCAGACGGAGAAGGGGGCAAGGCGGCGGCACAUUGCCAAGAGAAAUCGCCGCGAGUUUCUGAGGAAUUAAAGCGCCUUCAGCGCCUCUGCGGAGACGCAUGCGCUUGGGAAGCUAUUGCCGCAGGCGACGAGAAAUUCGCUUCGGACACUGACGCCGAGGAGACCGAUUCAGACGACGCAGACGAGGAAGCACAAAGAGGCGAGACACACGAGAAGGCGCAAGGAGCGCAAGACGAAGGAGAGGAUAUCCGAGACGGGGGCUUGGGUUUCGCAUCUAGAGUCGUCCUCCGAAGCGAGCAACGGACACCGUCCAUGUCUGCCUGGCGUUCUGAGGAGGCUCGCAGAGGGACAGAAGCCAAGGCCGAGCUUCGAAGCUCUCCGUCAACAUGGAGACAAGAGGCAACGAGGAACGCGAACUCCGCCCGGUGCCUCCACGCCUCUUCCGCGUUCUGUCUCUCCUCUCCUUCGUCUCCAAGCACCUCAGCUUCUCUCUGUGAAUCGAGACUGGUUGCUUCUUCCUGCGACGCGAGAUCUUUGUCUUCUUCUUCUCUCAGGGGUACUCUGUUUCCUCCUUUUCCUCGGGAGCUGCGCCCCAAGGCGUUGUGGCGCGAGGCGCGAAUGGACGCGUCUUUUCGACCUUCGUUUCUUCCUUUUCUCGACCCGGGCGUCCACGUGAGUCUGCCGGACUUUGCGCUCUUCGUCGAUCCGUAUGUCCCUCCAAAGUGGCUUCGACGGCACGGACGAGGCCGCAGCGCCGUUUUCAACCUUCGAGAGCGAGGAGAAUACUCGCAAGAUCACGACACAGACGAGGACGAAGAGCGCGGAGAAGAAGGCAAACGCUUCCUGCAGGGCGGGUCGUCGCGUCGCAGGAGAGAAGGACAAGAUGGAAGCGUCCGGUUUUCGUGGAGACGAAUUGACGAGGCAGGCGACAGGCGAGCUCUGCGUUCAGGUGCUCGGCCGCCAGGCGUUCGCAUAACGCAACAUGGUUCUGGGCGAGUCUCUGGGAGAGACGAGUUCGGCAUGCCGGCAAUGAGGCGGUUCCUCACACUCCAUGUCUCCACCUCAGAUGCAUCCGAUGAAGCGGCUUCGAUCCGACGUCCAAUCAACAUGCGAUGGAGGCUCCUUCGCGUGAACCAAGGAAAUCAAGGUGCCGGGAGAGACGCACUCUCAGAGAUCCCAGAAGCCUCCGCUCGAGCGCAGGCUCCUCCGAACGUCCGGCCUACUCCCUCCACGUCUUCUUUUCGUCCUCUUUCUACUCCUUCUGCUGUCCGCUCUUCUCCUGCAUCUUCUCUGCGUCCUUCUUCCGCUUGCGUUCGUCGUCACCUCGCCUCCUUUGGCUCUUCUUCCCUAGGUUUAGAGCGUCGAUCUUCUCUCCCAGAACGCUCGGUCUCGGAGGUGUUGCUUCCACUUUUAAAUUUGCUCGGCUCGGAUGCUGCGCCGGUGGAGGGGCGCGACGAAACAGAGACAGACGCGAGAGCAGAGACAGACGCGAGAGCAGAGGAAGACGCGAGAGCAGAGGGAGACAGAGCGAACGUCUGCGAGGUCGUCCGAACCUUGUUGAACCUGCCUCGACGCGUCCUCUACAGACAACUCCCGUCGCCUCAGGUCUCGAGAGGUGAAAGUCGAGACAGCAGAGACGAUGCAAUCCGCUGGUUCCUACAGCGCAGACGCGACGAGAUAGGAACUGGAGACGCAGGAAGCCGAGAAGAGAGGAGGGAUGGAGAAGCGAACGCGCGAAUCAGAGGCGAGAGAACAGAAGAAGAGAGAAUCGGAAAUGGAGAAGAAUCACGAGAAGGCCGCAGAGAGAGAAGUGAAGUGCAGCUGCAAAACAGAACCGCCAGACAAGAGGAAAGACCUGGGAGCCCCGGUGGUGCGUCUCUCUCUGACGAGGGCGACUUGUCUUGUGUCUCAACUCUUGAUCAUGUGCCAUUGGGGACCCGUCCUGUGGCUUCGCUUUCUCAAGACUCGUCUUUCGCUGCUCCCGGAGGUUCACCUUCUCCGUCUUUGCCGUUGCCGCGUCGCCACCCGCUGUUCGCCUCGUCUCCUCCUCCGUUCUCGUCUUUUUCUCGACCUCGUCCGUCUCCAGCUUCUCUCUGUUCCGUCUCACCGUUCUCGCCUCGCCUCAGGCACUUGCAUGCUCCUCCCCAAGCUUCCACCUGCACAGGCGCUCGGCCAACGCAACUCCAGACAACUCGAGACCAGGCGUCUGCGUCCAUUCCUUCUUUUUCUGCCCCUGUCUCUGCUUCUCCUUCAUCGGUUUCGUCUCCCUCUCCUCUCGCGCCCGCUUCCUCUUCUUCUCCUUCCUCGUCUGUGUUACCGUCGUCGUCUUGCUCUUCUUCUCUGCUGGGGGUGUCUCUAUCACCGGCGCUGCCUCGCCAGCUGGCCGCGCCCUCGCCGGUGACUGAAGCGGCAGAGCGAGGCGACAGGCUAGAGAGGCUGCAGGUAACUCCCGCGGAAACAGAGAGCGAGAGACCGACCAGAGACGAAAGAGCCAUGAACGACAGAGAGAGCCGCCUAACCGAGCAAGAAGAAGAUCACGAGCUCGCGGAGGAGGAACAAGAGCUCGAGGGAGAAGAAGAUCACGAGCUCGCGGAGGAGGAACAAGAGCUCGAGGGAGACGAGAGGGCUGGCCGUAUGACACAGGCGGCGCGCGAGCGGAGACAGGAAAGAGAGCAAAGCGAGGAACUGGCGAACAGGACCUGGGGCAGAAUUUGGAGAUCACUCACCACGCGAGUUGGCCUUGGAGACGCGAGGCGGCACACAUCGAAAGAAGCCUCUGAAGAGUGGACACACCCUCGCGAAAAGCGACAGACGCUCGACUGGGUGGAGGUCCCGACUGCGUUGGUGGACUUUCUCAGCGUCUACCUCUACCGCUGCAACAUUCCCCUCGUCGCCGCGUCUCUGCUUCUGCAUGCAGCAGCCUUGGGACAACUGUCUCCUUCUCGGUCUCGCUGUCUGUCUCCAGAGGCUCUCUGGUCGCCGCUUCCGUUUCGUUCUCUGCCGACAGUCUCUUCAGAGGCGUCGCGUCGCAGGAACGCAAGAAAGAAGAGGGGCGGCAGAGCGAAGAAAGGGAGGACAGAGGCGAGUGUGGCAGGAGAGAGCGAGGGAGACAGAGAGGUGAUGGGAGGCUCGGCACAUUCGAGUCCAAGCCGUGAACGGGGCAGAGGCAGGCGGCGAGAGCGUCGCUCCUGGCGCUCUCUCGAAGCUGCGACAGAAGAGGUAUUCGAAUGCGGCGUCGAGCCUUUGGAGACUGAGAGCUCUGCUGGGGCUUCCAGGGCGUCGUUCGCUUCCUCGCUACGCCAAGAUGAGCUCGACAUUCCACAUCCGCCAGCAGGUCUUUGCGCACCGCGCGUCCGCGUCUGUGCACAUGAGUGGAAUAUCCCCGCAGUCAGGUUUUCGCUUUGUGCGUCCUUCGUCGCUUCCUGUUCCAUUGAUGCCUCCAUUCGCCUCAUUCGAGCUCAGCCUCCGCCGGUCCCUCCUUCUUCUGGCCUCUCUUCUGGGCGCCGCUCAUCUCCUGUUCUCCCUCCGUUCCAGCCUUCUGGUCUUUGUUCUUCUUGUGUCUCUCCUUCGUCUCCGCGUCCGGCGGGGAGUCUCCGAGAGCGAAUCGUGCGUAGUUCUCGACGCGACCGAGACAACGAGACGGCGCAGACCAGCGGAGAGAGGACGCAAUGGACGAAGAAACGCGAAGACGCAAUGGGCGAUCUGCUCGCUAUUCACCGCAUUCCCGGCUGGGCGUGGAAUGUCGCCUGGCUCGAUAUGCGUGCUCUCGGCACCCUCGACUGGGAUCAGCUUUUCGACCUCUCGGUUCCUCGGCCUGCAGCCGGCGGCAGGGCGACGGCGGCGCGUUCGCAGGAACGCGGCUUGCGUGUCUCUCCCUCUGAAGGGGAUCGGCUGGCGCGAGACGUCUACGCUGUCGAUCCGGGACUCUGUCGCGGAGAGCGAGGAGACAGAGGAGACGUCAAAGCUGUCGCGGGCGAAGCCGCCAGCGCUCUCGACCGCGAGCGCGAGUGGAUCGUGCGGCAGACGCUGUCCGAGAACGAAGAAGUCGACGGUGGAGAGGAAGACGGAGAAACCAACGGCUGGAGACUGGACGAGCAGCAAGGAGAAGGCGAAGCGACAGAAGAAGCAGAGAACAAGGAACGCAGGUGGCGACAGACGGCCAUCCGCGCAGUCCUCGGGGCUUGCGAGCCGAGUCUGAGAAGUGCACUGGUGGCCUUCUCCCAUCCCUCGUUCAACCCUGUGACUGGAGAGCGCCGGCGUCUCCAGGAUCGCUGCUUCCGCGAGGCGCUCAAGAUGGCCGAACAGAGGUUUCGCGAAGUGCAGGAGACGCCUUUCGAUGGCCAUGGGCGAGCGGCUGGAGACAUGCCAACAGGGCGCGCAGGCGACGCGGCCGAGGACGCGGAGAGACGAACAGAGAGAGGAACGAGUCGGACUGAACUGAGACGCGCGGGAGGCGCACAGGGGCGGCUAGCGAGGCGACUCAGAGGCGACGUCUCCAGUGACGAGGAAGAGAGAGAAGACGAGAGAAGACCAGCAGCUGAGGACACCGACAACAUGCUUUCUACGAGACGCGACAGUGGACUCCAGAUAUCCGCUGGUGUUGAGGCAGGGCAAGCGAGAGAGAGAAACCGAUCUGUGAAAAGAAAGAAGGCGAACGAGCGCUUGGGUUCGCGGGAUCCAGGAGACAGUGUGGGGUGGAACAGGCGCGAGGAGGCAGAGAGACCACCGCAGGGAAUCGUCUUGAGGUGGACUCCUGACUCUGCUGAAAGUCUCUCGAGUUUCUUGGCAAGUCAGAGGAAGGAGCUGCAGCGAGAGUUCCGUGAAGGUAUGCAAGACGUCGAGAAGAGUUUCGACGCAUGCGUCCGCAUGCACCACGCGACGGCCGCGUCGCUACUGAGCCUCGACCCGCGCGCGUUCCUGGGGGACUCUGCGCUGCUCGACGAGAUACAGAAAAUCGCGGACGGUCUCCAAGAGCAGAAACGCCAUCUCCGCGAGUGGACGCGAGCUGUGCGUGCUGUGAGAUCAGAGUCUCCUUUCGUCUCUUCGUCGCCAUCCACCUCGUCGUUGCCUCUGCAGCGUUUUCCUUCUUCGCUCGCUUCGUCGCCCUCUGAGUCUUCGUCUGUCCCCCUUCCUCAGCCUGUCUCUCCUUCGGCUUCGUCUUCUUCGUCUUUUUCUUCCUCCGCCCCGAGUCUCUCUGUGGAAUCCGCGUCUGCGGCGGCGCAGGAUUUGUCUCGCGCGCGCCUGGCUGCCGCCAGGCUUCAGCGUCAGCGCUUGCGCGUACAGGCCAGCCGCGUACGCGUCGAAACCUCUGCCCCUGAGCUCUCGGCGCGACUCUCGCUCGUCCAUGUCCUGCUCCAGCAGCGAAGAGGCCGCGACGCGAACCGGGGUGCGGCACAUGGUUCCUUUCAAACAUUGAGAACCGAGCAGGAGGCGCAGAGGACGGAGCAGGAGGCGCAGAGAACGGAGGAGGAGGCGCAGAGAACGGAGGAGAAGGCGCAGAGAACGGAGGAGGAGGUGCAGAGAACGGAGGAGGAGGCGCAGAGAACGGAGGAGGAGGUGCAGAGAACGGAGGAGGAGGCGCAGAGAACGGAGGAGGAGGUGCAGAGAACGGAGGAGGAGGUGCAGAGAACGGAGGAGACACGUGGCGAAGCGGCGAGAGACGCGAAGACAGAAAGAGGCGGCGGGAGUCAAGCGCAAGUCGUGUCUCGGCAUUCUGGCCCAGGGAGGCAGGGGCGACAGGGCCGCGGAGCGAGGGAGGAGGCGCUGCGCAGGCGAGAUAAGUCGCGCGCGAGCGAGGCGAGGAAAGGUGGAGGCGAACAGGGGGAAGGGGAGUGCGGGGCGUCUGGCGCUUCCCUGGAGUCUCCUUCCAGCGAGGCCGCUUCCUUCGUCUGUCGAGAGGAGACGACUGCAAGCGCGGCGAUCAACGCAGUCCUGCUCAGCAUGAGACCUCGAUGUGCUCAGCAGACGGGUGCUCGGGACCCGAGACGAAAUUCGAGUUCUUCUCCGUCUCCUCUGUCUCCUUUGUCUCCUUUGUCGUCUUCUUUUUCGGCUUGUCCUUCGUCACCUGGCAUGUCCUCAACUUCCGAAGAGAGCGUGACGGAGAGCCGUUCUGGAGACGCCGACGCUGAGGGCAGCGCGAACGCGGUGUGGCGACGGCGUUUAGAGCGCUUUCUUCUUCUUUCGGACUCUGACGAAACGGACCGCCUUGCCUUUUCUCACAGAUCUUCUGCCAAGGCCUCGCCUGCAAGCCCGGUCGCUUCGCCUCAUUCUUCUCCGUUGUCUGCCUCUGUGACGCAUCCUUCGCCGACGUAUCUCUCUUCUUCUCUGUCGCCUGCUGACCUUUUGCAGAGGAAUGGAGACUGGCAAACAGAUCGACGGAUGCGCGCCUCUGCAGGGGGCCUUCCGGCGUCUCUGCAGCAGGCACAGCACCUGCGACUUCCCUCGAGGUUCCGCUCCACUCUUCGCUCUCGCCUGCGUCUUUUGCCGGGGCGUCGCACAGCUCGAGUGAGGGAGGACGCGCUCGAGAGCCGAGAGAGGAGCGACGCAAGCGAGGAGAUGGCCACAGUCAACGACGCAGAGAAGCGCCGCCUGGCCUCACAGCUCCUUGUGGCAACUGGACAGAAGUCGCUCUUCCUCUUGCGCCCGCGCUUCGAGCUCGUCGAGGAAACUGAAGGCCUUUUACAGAACGAAGUUGGACCGAAGAUGGACAAGGAGGUGGAGCAGGUGCUGGAGACGAAUCAGGAGAAAGAGUCCCUCCGGAAGGAAACGACAGGGGAGGUGGAAGAGACCAAUCGUGGCGUCCGCCGCAUAUUCGAAGUCAGUGCGCCGAUGUGUAGAGAACUGCAUGCAGUCGCGGCAGGGCAUCGGCGAAGAAACAGUCUCGACGGGGCCUUCGCGUCACGAGCAGACGAGGCCGCUGAAAGGAAACAAAUGAAAAAACGCAUGCCCAGCAAUCUUCCGGAUGUCCCCACCGAUGUCUCACAUACCCUUCCCUCUUCCUCUUCUUCUUCCUCGUCAUCUUCCUCUUCUUCUUCCUCGUCGGCUUCCGCUUCUUCUUCCUCGUCUUCUUCCUCUUCUUCUUCCUCGUCUUCUUCCUCUUCUUCUCUUCCUGGUUCUUCGCGUCGUUGGCAUGUGAAACUGGAGGAAGUCGCGUCGAUUCCAAACGUCUUUCCUUCAGCGCUUGUGUCGGAUUUCAAGCGGCUCUGCUUUCUGCGCGCGGUCGAGGACGCGGGUCUGGUCGUUUGCGGCUUCCAGCAUGGAGGUCCUAUCCUCGUCUACGCAGUGGAAACUUGUCCCCUCACUCAAGGUCUCUUCCUGCGCGCAGUCGCCAUGUGCAUGGGCGUCGACGCCGCGCUGCGCCAUCUCCCUGAGGAGCUGCGAAACAGGAGCGUCGAAGAUCGGCUGCUUUUUGUGCCGCCGCAAGAUACCGGCGCAGACUCCUCUCGAAUUAGUGGCUUUGCAGUCUGGCACCAGCUCGUGGACGGCGGCGACGAAAGCUCUGGCUGUGGUGUCACUGCCGAGGACGAGGGUCGUCGGGGGAAAAGCGUCUCGGUCAGGAUUUACCUCUUGACGGUUUCGCUGACGCUCCUUUGCUACGAGUUUUCCUACGACAAGUACCUGUCCUCGCGGUCGUCACCUCCGCCGUAUUCGUUCGAGGAAAACGGGAGGCGCGAGAAUUGCUCAGAGCCUCAAGACUGCAUGUUUUCUCCUGAACGCGGUGCAUGUCUCUAUCCGGGGAGUGGGGGCGACGCCUCACAUGUGCAGCCGGGACAAGUUCAACUCCACGACGAUUUCCAAGUCGUCCUCCUCGACGAGAGAGACUUUUUUUUGUGACAGAAAAUGUUUCUUGCCACUGGGGCUUUGCUUGCUUGUCUACGUUCGGGGAUGUUUUUCUCUUGAGUUGUUUCGCUUCGCGUUUCGCUCUUCUAUCUGGGUUUCGGAAGGUUUCUCGUUUCGUUUCUUGCCUAGAGGGCGCGUCCCGAUUCGGAGUCUCCUUCUCUCUAUCCGCGUUUGUGUUUUUGCCUCGACGUCGAGGACCGUUUCUCUGCUGUGUUCGUCUUUGAUUUCCGGCGUCUGGCGACAAACGCGCGCGAGUCUGCGAAGCUAGACGCAGGUCCUCACUCGAG